AUGGCCUCCAAAGGACACGGCGACACCGACUCAGGACGGUUACCCCCAGCUUACUCCAAAGAGGUGCCGCCUGGUCACAAUGCCGUGUACCCAGCGCCCACCGUGGUGCCACCACCCCCAAGCUACCUGACACCUUCAGCCCCACCGGUUCAUAUGAUGAUGUCUGCCUCUCUCGGACCGCUCGAUGCUGUCUACCCAGCUCCCACAAACCCUGGAUUCCCACCCCCUGGAUACGUGACCCCUUCCGCUCCUCCAAUGAUGCCUGCCCCUUUCGGACACCCUAAUGCUGUCUACCCCGCGCCCACGAACCCCGGAAUCCCGCCAGUACCCCCAGGCUACGUGCACCCUCCAGUCCCUGCGAUGAUGCCUGCCCCUCCACCCGAUCUCCGACCCACCGGCUGCCCCCCAGGACUGGAAUACCUGAUUCAUGUUGACCAGCUUCUCGUCCAUCAGACUUUUCAUCUGGCCGAACUGCUGGGUUGGGAGGUUAGAAAUUCCUACAAUGUGAAGAACAGCAUCGGGCAACAAGUGUUUCUGGCAGAAGAGGAAAACAACUGCUGCACCCUACAGUGCUUUGGCCCCAGCCGACCUUUCACCUUUCACAUCCAGGACAACCUGGGGCAGGAGGUGUUGACCCUGACGCGCCCUCUUGCGUGCAGCUACUGCUGCUUCCCUUGCUGCCUGCAAGACCUGGAGGUGCAGAGUCCCCCCGGUAUUCCCAUAGGGUAUGUGGUGCAGGAGUGUCACCCGUUCCUGCCCAAACUCACUGUGCUGAACGAGAGGAGACAGCCUCAGCUGAGGAUCAAAGGGCCGCUGUUUUUCUGUAGUUGUUGCAGAGACGUCACAUUUGAGGUGAAGACUCUGGAUGACGCAAUGUUGAUAGGGCACAUCAGUAAGCAGUGGUCCGGCUUCCUGCGCGAAGUCUACGCGGACGCAGAUCAUUUUGGAAUCGUGUUCCCAAUGGACCUGGAUGUGAAGAUGAAGGCUGUGCUGCUGGGAGCCUGCUUCCUGAUCGAUUUCCUGUAUUUUGAGGAAAGGAAAGGAGACAAGAAACAUUGA